UUCGUGCCCAGCCGCCUCGGCCGCCGCCGGCGCCGCAGCUUCCAUCUCUCGGGGGUCUCCAGGACGACGCCGCCCCGGGACGCGCGCUCCUGCCGCUGCGUGGCCAAGGCCUUCCCGGCUGAGCGGGAACCGCGCCCGGCCCGGAGCACCGCACCCGCUCGGCGGGGAGCAUGCGCAAUGGGGCGGCCCGGCCCGGCGGAGGCGCCGGGGCUCGAGGAGCCUUCCUGGGGCGUUGGGUUGCGGCCAGUGAGCAGCGCUCGGGGUAGAAGACCCGAGUGAGAGGAGAUGUGGGAACUAAACGCACAGAGCUAAGUAACCUGUCCAAGGAUAAUAAAGUAGUAAAUGGCAAAGAUGGAAUUCUGUCUGCAGCCAGAGCUGGGGCUUACAAUAUGCAGCUGGCCCCUCAGGCUCAGAAACAACUGGGGAGGUGCGCUAAGCAAAUGUCAGACGUAAAUGUUACAUUGAGCAAACAACGGGAGGGAAGAGUACAUGACGAGGCAAGAGCAGCUCCACGCCACACAGCUGUUCCAAGGGCGAGCAGACCAUGGUGUCCUGGCAGACGGAUCCUGAUGUCCAAACUCUAUUCCUAUAUUUGGAAAAUUCUGCACUUUAUAAAUCUCAUUGGGAAGCCCUGCCUACCUCCAGCCCUGGAAGCUCAGUUUCCUAUCUUCCUUGCAGUGAGGACACAAGCCCCUGAGCUAUGCUCCACUAAUGAUGAGAAAACUGAGCUCAAAGAGAUUACUUCAUUUUCCCAAGGACACAUGAGAGUUCACAGGGCUUGAGAUCUAAGGAACCAUACUCAAGGAGUUUCACUUAAGGAAUGACACCUGACAAGCCGAAGCCUCACCUGGAUCUGAUUAAGUUGACAUGUUUCUGGACUUUAAACCGAUGCAAUAAAUUGUUGAAACAGAUCAUUUUUCCUGAGAGAAGCCAGCUUCCAUGUCAUGAGGAUGCUCAAGAAGCUCCAUGGAAAGGUUCACACGGUCCAUGUAGAGAGGGACUGAGGUCCUCUGCCAACAGACAGGAGUGGGCCAUCUUGGAAGCAGAUCCUUCAGUCCCAGUCAAGUCUUCAAAGCCUCCAGUCCUGUUCAACAUCCUGACUGUAAUCUCAUGAGAGACUCUGAGCCAGAAGCACCCAGCUAAGCCAAAACCAAAUUCAUGACCCUUAAAGAAAUAAGGUAAUAGAUAUUUGUUGUUUUCAACUGAUAAUUUUGGGGGUAAUUUGUUACACAGCAAUACAUAGCUAAUACAGGUGUACACUAUUCUGUUGCUCUCCCCCUUCCUUUUUUGCUAUUAUAAACAAUGCUGCAACAAAACCUCUUUGUAUGUAUAUCUUUAUGUCCUCAAGAAAUUAUUUCUAUAGGAUAAAUUCUUAAAAUUGGAAUUUUAGGCUUGCACAUUUUAAAUUUAGGUAGAUAUUGUUAAAUUGCCUCCCCAGAAUAAUUGUAACAAUUUAUACUCUCCCAAACAGUAGAUGAGAAUGUCUCUCUCUCUUUGCCAAUUUUAAAUGUUAUUAGUCUUUCUAAUUUUUCUCAAUCCUAUUUGAUAUUUUUAUUAAUUUGUAUUCUUUAUUGGUGAGGAUGAGCAUUUUUUUGUAUAUUUAUGAUUUGAAAAAAGCACCUUGCUUAUCAUAUGAAUUUCUCUUUGCAUGCUCCUACCCCUUGAUCUUUCCUCUCCCACAAUGCCUAGCAUAUAGUUCACAUUACAUAAAUGUGCUGUUUUUGAAUGCAUGAAUAAUGGAAUAGUAAAUGAAAUUUCGACACACAGAAAGUCUUUAUUUAACCCCAUGGGAUUGACUUUUAAUUGGGAAAAAUACCUUAGCAACCAAUUAAUUUAAUUACCUUUCCCUUUCCCUUUAUCAAUAUUUAAUUAUCAUUCAGGUGUUCUCUGAAUAAGCUCUUUAUUUUAACUUGUCCAGGCUAAUUUGCUUCUAAAAGUUUUUCUCUCUGAAUAUAUAAAACACAGCAGAAUAGUUAUAUAACAAAUAAUAACACUACAAUAGAAACAACCAUGUAGUGAUGCUAAUUCCAACUAUUCUUAGGUACCUCCUGAGUGACAAGCACAGCACAUUAAAUACAUCAUUGACCUAAUUUAAUAUUUACUACAGCCCUGUAACUACUGUUAUUUCCCACUAUGGAACGAGGAAACUAAUAUUCAGUGAAAUUAAAUAAAUUAGCCAGUCAUAUGGCUGUUAAAUAACAGAGUUGGGAUUCAAACUCUUAUCUGUCUGAAUUCAAAGCCCAUCUUCUUUCUGUAAUGCUCAGCUGAAUUUCUCAGAAAUAAAUCACUUGUAUAGUUGUAUUUUAAUAUUGUAUAUUCAAAGGAAAAGAAGGGUUCAAGAUAAGAAUUCCACAAUUUUAAAUGAUGAACAUUGAAAUUAUAUAUUUUUUCCUGCUUGGAGGGCACUGUCUACUGCUAUUGAUUCUUUUUUCAGAAGAAUGAAUUUCCUUUCCUUCAUUGUUAACAAACCUAAUUCAGCCAUCGAUAGAACCAUGAAACAGAGCUUCUGUCAUCAGUUAUACUUGGAAUUUGGUGAAAAAAAGAAAGAAUUUGGAAUCAAUCACUCUGAGUUCCGUCCGUGUUCCCCCACUUAGGAGGUAUUUCCUUCUCCCUAAAAGGGAAGCAACACUAUCUGCUCCGUCUAACUAGCAGAGUUGCUCUAAGGACCCAAUGCGCUGGAUGGGAAAGACAGGUACAGUUGCUGCUGAAAGUAAAGCUCUUCCUAGCUGGGGCCACUUUGGUGACUCGAAAGGCAGCUCUCUUUGCCAUUAAAAAUCAAGAAAUACAAACCAGAUGCAGCAGUUUCUUGACAUGGAGAACCAAGCCCAUAAUACAGUGGAAGUUUCUCCUUGUGAGGCUGAGCUUCAGGAAUUAAUGGAACAAAUUGACAUCAUGGUAAACAACAAAAAACUGGAUUGGGAAAGGAAGAUGCGGGCUCUGGAGACACGAUUAGAUCUUCGGGAUCAAGAGUUGGCAAGUGCACAAAGUUGUUUAGAACAGAAAGGUCAAGAGGUGGGGUUACUUAGACAGAAGUUGGACAGUUUGGAAAAAUGUAACUUAGCAAUGACUCAGAAUUACGAAGGACAACUACAAACCCUAAAAGCUCAAUUCUCCAAACUAACUAAUAGCUUUGAAAAACUGAGAUUACACCAGAUGAAACAAAAUAAAUUUCAACAAAAAGAAGUACCACACGUCAAAGAAGAAAUACCCUUUGAACUGAACAAUUUGAACCAGAAAUUAGAGGAAUUUAGAGCAAAGUCAAGAGAAUGGGACAAACAGGAGAUACUAUAUCAGACUCAUCUGGUUUCUUUAGAUGCUCAACAAAAAGUAUUAUCUGAGAAGUGUAAUCCAUUUCAGAAACAGGCGCAAAGUUACCAAACUCCACUAAAUAGUAAAAAACAGGGCAUAGAAGAAGACAGCAGCUCUGAAAUUCCUUGGAUAUGCGAACCAGAUACCAGUUGUGAAACCAAUGAAAGAGAUGAGUGCAUUAUUGAAAAAUUAAAAUCAGCUGUGAGUGAAAUAGCAUUAAGCAGGAAUAAGUUACAAGAUGAAAAUCAGAAGCUCUUACAAGAACUGAAAAUGUACCAAAGACAGUGCCAGGCCAUGGCAGCAGGACUCUCAGAGGUGAAAAGUGAGUUACAAUCACGUGAUGAUCUCUUGAGAAUUAUAGAAAUGGAACGAUUGCAGUUGCACAGAGAAUUAUUAAAACUAGGAGAGUGCCAAAGUGCUCCAGAAAAUAAAAAAAGACUUGAAUCAUCUUAUUCACCAUCUAUUAAAGAAUCAGAAAAACAACGGAAAGAGCUGUUUGCAGUGACCCCAGAUCAACCAAAUCAUGAAAAAGAAUUGAACAAGAUAAGAAGCCAACUCUAUCAGGAGGAAGAGUACCAUAGCUCUGAGCAGGAAAGAAUGAGGAAUGAAAUCUCUGACCUAACUGAGGAGCUUCAUCAGAAGGAAAUCACUAUAGCAACUAUCAUGAAGAAAGCUGCCUUUCUGGAGAGACAGUUAAAAAUGGAGUUAGAAAUAAAAGAGAAAAUGUUGGCGAAACAACAGGUCUCAGAUAAGAGAGAGAAAGCUGUCAGAAUUGAAAACACACACCUGAAAGGCAUGAUGGGAGAUUUAGACCCUGGAUGGUACAUGACAAAUGGAAUUACUGAUAUAAAGAGUAUGGACUUCACUAACAGGGAACAUGCAAGGCAUACAUCUAUUAACAAACUGGAAUAUGAGAAUGAAAGGCUCCGAAAUGAUCUUGCAAAACUUCAUGCCAUUGGAAAAUCAGCAUGGGCUAACCAAAAUACCUACAAAGAAAUAGGAAGAUUUUGCCACGAUCGUGAGCCAAACAAAAGUGCAACACCUUCGUUGCCACCUUCGCCAUUUCAAACCAAAGAAAUGACAAGUCCUUUGGUUAGUGAUGAUGAAGUAUUCCCAAUGUUGCCCCCAGAUAUAGCCUUCCCCGCUUCUUUGGCCGCACAGCAUUUCUUUCUGGAGGAGGAGAAGCGAGCAAAAGAACUUGAAAAACUUCUGAAUACACAUAUUGAUGAACUGCAAAGACACACAGAAUUUACUCUUAAUAAACACACCAAGCUAAAACAAAACAGACACAUAUGAGCUUUUAAACUUUUUUAUUUGCUUCGCCCACCCCAAGGAAAAAAGCUCUGGCAAAAUAGUUACAAAGCUGAUUCGUGAAACUGAGAAAUUUUCUUCUGUUUUCCUGAGUAAAUCAUUUCUGUAAGGCAGCUAGAAAAUAGUAUUUUGUUCAAUAAAGCUGUUUGUAUUUCUGCAUUAACAAACAAAUUGUUCAGCUACAGUUACUCUAAAAUAAACAUGACUUCUCCAAAAGAGAUUUUUUUCUCCAGUCUGAGGAAUAGUUUGGAAUUAAAUAUGCAGUUUUUUCCCACCUGAAUCAUGUAUACUGAAACCCAUUUCCUCUGUAACAACACAUGAUGAGGGAAAGGGACACACUAUAUUCUAAAUACAAACGGAUCAAGUGCAGCUCCGUUGUACUAGGUUUGAAAACCCAAUGAUGUUUUGAAAUGAAUAGCUAUGUAAACAUCCUAACAUUUCUUUUAGGAAAAAAAGAUACAGCUUACUGUUUCUGCAUUCAUCUUUGUAAUGUCUCUCUGGUUUUUGUUCGUUUGUUUUGUGGUACGCGGGCCUCUUACCGUUGUGGCCUCUCCCGUUGCAGAGCACAGGCUUCGGACGCGCAGGCUCAGCGGCCAUGGCUCAUGGGCCCAGCCGCUCCGCGGCAUGUGGGAUCUUCCCAGACCGGGGCACGAACCCGCGUCCCCUGUAUCGUCAGGCGGACUCUCAACCACUGCGCUACGAGGGAAGCCCCCUGUCUCUCUGUUUUAACACAAAAGACCUGGAAUGUGCUGUUUGCACACUUAAAACAUAUGUGCCAAAUAUUAAUGUUUUCCUGUUAGUACUAAUUAUUACUUCAUGGACAUAAGAUAAAGAAACUAUAAAGCAUUGCUGUUGUUACCUUCUCCUUUGUCAU